GCAUUUGCAUCUGCCCCGCAUCUGCAUCUGCCCUGAAUCUGCAUCUUUCGGAGCCCCUUGGACUGAACCCCCCGCCCACACCAUUGGAAUACGACAGAUCUCGACCGGCAUUGGGACGACCCUCCGUUGCCUCUCCUCUGGCCACACUGUCCACCGCAUCCGCACUGACCACUGCAUCCGCACCUCGGCCAUGACUGCCGACCAACAGCAGCAGCAGCAGCAGCACAGCUGGCAGCACAUCACCGCUGCCGUCAAGCGGGAUCUCGAGCCGUACGGCAUUGAUCUGAUUGUCCCGUUCCCCGUCGAGCGCUACAACGAAGACGAGCACGCAGGCAAAUAUCCGCUGCCCGGCUCGACCAACCCGGCCAACACCUCGACCCUGGCCAUCCUCAUCGGCAACCACAAGCGCAUGUGGGAGCCGUUCCUGGAAUACCUCGAGGAAGACCCAGCCACGCACCUGGACAACAGCGCCCAUCCGAUCAACGACUUUGUACACGACCUGCUCCACAACCGCUUGAGCAAAGAGGACAUUCCCGAGUUCAAGUACCGCUACCCGCACGACGAGGGCGAGCGCUUCACGCACUUUCAGCGGCUGGCCCACAUUGCUGGCCUGGCGUAUUUCAACAGGACUUGCUAUCUCUGCGUCUCGCCCAUCUACGGGCCCUGGCUCGCUCUCCGGGCCGUCCUGGUGUUCCCUGGCAUCCAGGGCCCUCCCCACCAGCCCGACUACGAGACCGUUCCGAACCCAUAUCCCGAGUUUGACGACACGCUGCUGCAAAAGACAAACGAGAUGAUGGAGCGGUACAAGGCCAACUACGAGGCCGGGUUCAAGCUCGACUGGCGCAAGCUCGUCGAGAUCCGGACGCUCGUCGGCGGGUUCCUGAGCGCCGAAGAUCAGAGCCUUCGCAAGUACACUGAGGAACAGCUGACGUACCACUACACCAAGAGCAAAGCUGUUCUCACCGAGGCCCUGGAGCGCCGUCGCCUGGAGCGCCUCGGAUCUGCAUAGGGGCGGAUCUGUUCGAGAGAUCUGCUGGUGGGAUGCGAUUCCUCGAGAUCGAUCCAGGGUGCUGAAAGAACAACGAGACGCAUUGUUUUUCGGGGUCAUGAAUCAAGCGAUAGCCUUGGAUAUCCGUCCUGUCUUGGAAUACGGCUUGGUUGAAACGAAACGGGGCAGCGUCCCGAUUGCCAUCCUGCACAGCCCGUUGAGUGUGGUCUUGGACGCAUCUGGUCAAUCUCCUGCCGCGAUCUGGAU